UUGCUCUUUUCAGUGCUUAUUUCAGUAUAUAUUAUUUCCAAGAAUAAUGCUUUGUUUAUUACAUGACUUAGGGGCUCAUUUACUAACCACCAAUUUUUAAUUUUAAAGUCAAAUCAGAUUUUUAUUUAGAAGUUGCAGAGAAAAAAAACACUGCAACCUUUGCGAGAUUUACUAUGUGUCUAAACAUCCAAAUUUGCCAGUUUAAACUUACCAAGUGUAGAAGUCAGUGGGGAAGGUCCUUUCCCUUCCCUUGAAGUUCUUUCUUCAAGACUUUAGAGAUGUCACUGGGCUUUGUCUGAAAACUCAACCUCUAAAAUUCUCGCAGCGACUGAUAAAGUCUAGAUUUUCAUGGUGACAACUCAAAAAAGACUUUUUCUUCGGACUUUUUUCUAGUAGAUAUUAGACGUUCGGGAAAACAAAUUUAGUUGAUUUUGAAAAUAAAAAAUGGAGAUCGAUUGGGACGCUCUGUCGUGCCCUCAAGUUGCCUGACUAUCAGGAUGGGACACUUUAGCCCUUAGCAGGUUUAUAGAUCACUUGGCUGCGGUCACUUGGCUAUAGUUCUAGAAGCUCCACUUCUCUGAUUCUUUGGAUAAAGACAAGAGGCCAUUAGACCGUGCAACUUCUCCAACACCAGGAAAUCCACACAUUGGAGAGAAAAAUCUGUAUCCGACUGAGAAAAAGCUUUAGUGCAAUGAGCAUUCCCAACUCCCAGAUGGAACUUCCCUCAGUGGCACAACAUGAAUGCCCAGAAUGUGGGAAAAGAUUCUCAGAAAAAAACAAACUUAUUAUUCAUUUCAGAGUCCACACUGGGGAGAAACCAUUCAUGUGCACGGAAUGUGGGAAAAGUUUCAGGCGAAAGCAACACCUUACAAAACACCAAUUAAUUCACACGGGGGAGAAACCAUUCAUGUGCACGGAAUGUGGGAAAAGUUUCAGGCAAAAGCAAAGCCUUACAGAACACCAAUUAAUUCACACGGGGGAGAAACCAUUCAUGUGCACGGAAUGUGGGAAAAGUUUCUGGCGAAAGCAACACCUUACAGAACACCAAUUAAUUCACACAGGGGAGAAACCACUCAUAUGCACGGAAUGUGGGAAAAGUUUCAGGCAAAAGCAAAACCUUACAGAUCACCAGAGACUUCAUACAGGGGAGAAACCCUAUGCAUGUACAGAAUGUGAUAAACAAUUCAAUAAAAGGUGUAACCUUCUCAGCCACCAGAGGGUUCAUACAGGGGUAAAACCAUUUGUGUGCAUGGAAUGUGGGAAAAGCUUCUCCGACAAGAGCACCUUUCAGAGACACCAGAGAAUUCACACAGGGGAGAAACCAUAUUCUUGCACAGAAUGUGGGAAAUGUUUCACCAGAAAGAGCCAGCUUAGCAGUCAUUACAUGGUUCACACAGGGGAGAAACCAUUUUCUUGCACAGAAUGUGGGAAAUGUUUCACCACAAAGACCAAGCUUAGCAGUCAUUACAAGGUUCACACAGGGGAGAAACCCUUUGCUUGCACAGAAUGUGGGAAACGUUUUACCACAAAGAGCCAGCUUAGCAGCCAUUACAAGGUUCACACAGGGGAGAAACCCUUUGCUUGUGCAGAUUGUGGGAAAAGUUUUGCUUUAAAGGGAACCCUUACCAGACACCAGGGAAUUCAUGUGCGAGAGCAACUUUCAUGUGUAGAGAAUUUGGGAAACCUUAUACUGCAAAGUCCAACCAGCAACACCAUCAUCCCCACAGGGGAGAAACCAUUCACUUGCACAGAAUGGGGUUUCCCCAAUAGAAGGUUUCAUCGCCUCCCCCAGAACAUUCAUACAGGGGAAGAGAUACAGUCACUGAUUUCUCCUCCAUAUUCUCCCAUUCCAACAUUGCCUAUUGGCCAUUGGAGCUGCCAAUCAUAUCUGUAGGUACCAACCCACACACUAUGGGGUUAUUUGUAUGUAAAAUAUAUUCCUCAAUAAAUGUAAUGCAAUAUUUCAGUU